CAGCUCGAUAUGGCAUUACUUUAUUAUUCCUUCAUCUGAUAACUGAAAAUUCUUCCUUGAAAAUUGCAUUACCACAAUCUUUCAGAGCAUUUCUUCACAAUUCUGAUCAUUAAUUGGUAAAAAUCAAAAUUUCUAAUCUUGAAAAAAGGUGUAAUACUCUAAUAAGCAAUCAGGUUGUUGCAUGGACGGUGGCUUUUCUUAAGAAAUGGGUAGUGAACUUCUAAGGUCGGCAUCAGGUAGGUCUCAGAAAUGGCUCAGAAAGAAAAAGAAGAUAUCCGAACCCUCCAGCUCAGCUGACGUUUCAGAUAGUGAACCAGAGGAGUACCUGAGUCAUAGUUUUGUCAGCUCUAGGGAGAUUCAAUCAUCAGGUUUAACACAUGAACUAAGGAUUUUUAUUGGAACAUGGAAUGUGGGUGGAAAAUCACCAGUAGGAAGCUUAGCAGCGGAUUUGGAUGAAUGGCUAAAUUUGAAGAACUCAGUAGACAUUUACGUUCUUGGGUUUCAAGAGAUUGUUCCUCUAAAAACAAUGACAGUAAUUGGACUAGAAGACUAUACAGAUGCAAGAAAAUGGAACUUGCUGAUAGGGAAGACUCUCAACAACAAAGAUGGGAGUGUUUGGUUGACAUCUACAUCAACUCCAAUUAUAAACGAUGAUUACGAGUAUGCUAAACCUUCAAAUUCCGGAGAGAAGAACGGAUACAGAAGGAGCACAAUUCCAAUGAGAGAAAGAGCGAAAACUCAUCAUGGUGGGGAGCAGGGUGGGAAUGCUACUUAUAAACUGAUGGCCAGCAAGAAGAUGGUUGGAAUUUUCAUUAGUGUAUGGAUGAAGAGGGACAUUCUAAGGAAGUACAGAGUUUCAAAUGUAAAGGCAUGUCCUGUUGCUUGUGGUUUGAUGGGUUAUUUAGGAAAUAAAGGGGCUGUCUCAGUUAGUAUGUCAAUAGAUGGAACUAGUUUUUGCUUCAUCACUGCACAUUUGGCUUCUGGCCAGAAGAAAGGAGAUGAACUGCGAAGGAAUCAACAAGUUGGGGAGAUCUUUAAGCGAACAGCCUUCCCUCGACUUCCUCUUGAGUUUGAUGAUCUCCCUCCAACCAUAUGUGGGCAUGACCGAAUAUUCUGGUUUGGGGACCUGAAUUACCGACUAUACAUGGAUGAUGAAAUGGCCCGAGAGUUGAUAAGAAAAAAGAAGUGGAAAGAAUUACAAAAGUUUGACCAGCUAAAGAAGGAACAACACCGAGGAGUAUUCCAAGGUUGGAAAGAAGGAGAUAUAGAAUUUGCACCCACUUACAAGUACUCAGUUGAACUAGGCAAUCGAUACACAGGAGACAAGCAUGCUCCAUUCAAUCCAAAUACUGGAGAAAAGAGAAGAACCCCCGCAUGGUGUGACAGAAUUAUGUGGUUCGGAAAAGGGAUAGAACAACUUUCCUAUUUUCGUGGAGAAAGCAAAUUUUCUGAUCAUAGGCCUGUCUCUGCACUUUUCACCACAGAAAUUGAUGUCUGUGGACCUCCAAAUUCAAAGACAGUUUCACUAAGCAAGUUUCUAAAUUCAAUGAAUCUCACAAGAUUUGAGACCAAGGGCACUCAUCUGUUCUGA